CUUUUAUCGUGAAAAUCAAUGUAAUGCUGAGACACAUUAAAAUAUAACAUUACCAUGUUUGAAAAAGUAUUUAAAUAAACGUGAAGCUUGAGUGAACAACGGUCUAAUGACAUCUUUUUUACGGUGAAGUAAAUUUGUUUUUUUUAUUUACAAUAAGUGGUUAUACCCGGAGUUACAUGUUAUAGGACAUACUGGAUGAUUCAAAAUACGGAGAUAAUUUAGUGACUGUGUUACACAAUAGAAGGACAGGGAAAAUAAAGUAGUACAGUUAAGAAUAUGUAUUUGAAUGGAGGUUUAACAAUUAAUUUGUGCUUAUGUAUUCAAAUUGUUAUAGCCCAAUAUAGAGACAUCAGUCAGUUACUUGACGACUUACAGAAGGGAUACAAAAAGCAUGUGUUACCGACCAGGACGGCAAGAUCUUAUGUCGCCGUUAAAGUUUACCCGGCGAUAGUUCGAAUAGACGAUCUAAAUGCAUGGAAAGAAGAAUUAUCGUCGACAAUCAGCCUGUCAAUGCGCUGGACAGAUGACCGACUGUCCUGGGAUCCGAGAGAGUAUGGUGGUGUCACUGAAGUAUACAUACCGGCGUCUGCCAUUUGGCUGCCUGAUAUAACUGUCCAUAACACUUUGUCAAUUCCUGAGCCAGUUGCUGAUCAAUUAGUGGAAGUUUCAAGUCUAGGAACUGUACUUUACGUAAACAACGUGCAUGCACGAUCAUACUGUCCCGUGACUUUGGAAUGGUUCCCACGUGAUCAACACACGUGCGACUUGAUAUUUAGCUCAUGGAUAUACUCGAGCAAGAAAAUGAUGAUGGAGUUCAUGCACGUAAACACGAGUAUUACAGACAUUCCUGUUCUUGCUGACACAGAUCCAAACAUAGUUAACCUGGACAGUCAUAAGUGGCAAUUGCGAGCACGAAAAGCCCGUGCAGAAAUCAAUAUGUUAACGUAUGCAUGUUGUCCUGAAGAAUCAUAUUUCCAGCUGAAGAUUGUCAUUACAUUGAACAGAAAUGUCUCCUUCUUCAGAUGUCUUACAAACAUGUGUAUUUUUCCAAUGCUCGUGAUUUCCAUGAUUGUACCUUUCCAGUUUCUAUUACCACGAAAACUGUCAUCAAGGCAAACCUUUGGGCUAUUCCUAUUGUUUGGAGAAUGUUUGCCACUGAUAGUUUUGUCUUCUGAAAUCCCAGACCAUUCGAGUAUUCCCUUUAUAGGAAUUAUCAACAUAUUGUGCAUUUUUGUUGCGAUGUUCGCAUUGAUUGCGUCAAUCAUUGUUUCAAAGAUAUCUGAUAGAAAUAGGAAACAUAUACCUAAGUGUCUACAAAAUAUUCUAAGAAAAACAACGUCACAGAAGAAUAAAGGGAAUACAGGAGAAAAUAACACAACUAUAGACAAUAGGAAUGAAGUAGAUCAAAAUAGUCUUUUGCGGGAGAACCGUUACAUUGAAAUGGACAUCCUGGACUCUUCUAAUGAAAGGAACGGGGAAAUUAAUAUUUGUAAUGGAAGAACAAAUGAACACAAUGAUUUAGCAAAUAGUGGCAACAACAUUGAAGUAAACGAUAUUAUACUGGAUAACGAUAGAGAGAGAAUUAAUCUAAUCUUAAAAAAGAUUUUGAGUGAAUUAAAACAGAAACAUUCAUCAACAAAUAAUGAAUUAAUUAGAAAAGAAAACGAACUUUGUUCGAAGUUGGCAGCGUACAUUGACAAAAUGCUCUUUUAUGUUUUUAUGGUGCUUUCAUUAAUAAUACUUAUUGUUUUGAUUAUAAUUUUGUUGGUGUAAAGUGUAUUUCAUAACUCAUUAAUUGAAAUCCUUUAAACGAAGUAUCAGUUUAUUUAUUUUUAUACGUUCUUGUUUUAUCAGGCGGUGAUAUCAGCAUAUUGCUGUUCAUUUUGUCUUCAAAUAAAGUACAAAGUCAAUACUACAAAAUAAUAAACGUGCCUUAUUAAAUCCGAUGUGCUGGGAGAUGCGUUCGUUGAAUGCCUCCCUUCCUUAUUGAUCUUUGUUUCCUGUUUCAAAAUACUUCACGGAAAUAAUUUAAUUAAGUUCAUAGUUUAAUAACAGUUUUGUGCAUUGGAAUAAUGUGACAUUCGUGCCCUAUCUUGAUAACAGACGAGCUUAUUGUUAGAUAGUUAGUCUUGUAGAUGAUCAUAAAUAACUUUGUGAUGAGUAGAGGCUUGAUCUCAUGAAACAGAUUAUUUGUUCCUUUUUUAUUCAUUUACAACUUUUUUUUUAUUUCUUUUUUUCUUAAUGUGAAUGUUUAUGUACAUUUAAUCAGUUAUCAAGGGCAAAUGAAAUGAAUUGAUCUCGACAUUUUCAUCUUGCAUAGUGUUCAUUAUAUGCUUUCAAUUAUAUUGAAAUGAAAAAAAUAUUAAUCUAACCACACUCUUGGUCAAACGGUAUUAAUAAUUAUGUCAAACAUACACAACCUUAUUAUAAAUAUGCCCUAGUUUUGUUGCUUAUAUCUUUCCAUUUUAUCGGAGGCUUGAUCCCAUGAAACAGAUUAUUUUUUCCUUGCUUAUAUUCAUAUCUUUAAUGUUGUAAUUUCCUUUUUAAUGAAUGGUUCUGUUUAUCAUUUGGUCAUUUAAAAUAUUCUCAACAUUUCAUCGUUCAUUAUGUUCAUUUUAUGCUUUAAACUAGAUCUAUAUGGAAAGGAAUUAAAUAGUAAUUUAACCACACUCUUGGUUACACCAUUUUAAUAAUUAUGUCAAACAUAACUCAUUAUAAAAUUGCUUUUUUUUGUUGCUUAUAUUUAUCCAUUGUAUCGGAGGACUUCAUAUAUAAACAGAAUUGUCGCAAAUACUCGCACAUGUAGUCCGUAGGUGGUGUUUAACGACAGUUAUACACCGGCUUUUUUCUUCUUUUUAUACAGUGACAAAAAUCGCAAGUCAUGCUAGAAUUAUGAAAUGAUAGUUCUUGGAAUAAUAUUCAUAAGAUUUAUAAUCAAAUUAAUAUGGGAGUACCUUUAUUUCACAAAUUGUUUCAUCUUAAAAUCCAUUUCUCCAAAACCAUUUUAAUCACGUUGUCUUUGUCAGAAAAUUAAAGUGCUUUCAACUUUAAGUUAAAACAGUAAAUCUGGAAAUGUUAUUCUUUCUAUUACAGUAGGAAGCAAUUCUACAGUCUGAUAGCGACUAUUAAAACCACAGCAUGCGUUUAAAUGUUAGGAUAAUUAUAAAUAAUUUAUUAGAAACAAUAAUGCCACUGCUUAAUUAAGCUGAAAUUCUAUACGCUGAUUUAAUGCCUUUUAAAUUGCAAUAGCAUUUACACCGUGUAAAGAAAAAGAAGCAUAGAUAACAAAUUAUCCUUUUAUUUUAACGUUUAAAAAUUGUUUCUGACUGGGCAGAUCAAUUGUUGUAAACAGUCAAUUAAAUAAAUAAAAAUAAUAAUAUAUAUUUAAACAGAAAAAUCGAAUUUAGAUUUUGAAAAUGUUCUUUCUAUCUUUCUAUAUACAUGAUGUAUGAGAUAAAAAAAACACUUUGUAUAUGAAUUAUAUUUGGGAUAAAAGGACUUUGUAUGUAAAUGAUGAAAAGGAUAAAAGGACUUUCUAUAUAAAUGUUGUAUGGGAUAAAAGGACUUUUUAUAUAAAUGAUGCAUCGGAUUAAAGGACUAUCUAUAUAAAUGAUGUAUGUGAUAAAGGGAUUUUGUAUAUAAAUCAUUUAUGGAAUAAAACGAUUUUGUAUAUAAAUGAUAUAUGGGAUAUAACGACUUUCUUAGUUUGAUACAAAUCUAUAUAUAAGCAUUAGGUUUAUUCAUUUAUAUUUUAUAUAUCAUCAUCAAGUUUUUAUAUUAAUACGUGUAUUUGAUAUAUCAGGAUUAAGUCGAUUUAUAUCUGAUGCAUCAGCAUUAUGUUGAUACAUAUUUGUUACAUUUGUUAGCACUAUCUA